CUCUACGCGAAGGACCUUUCGUGCCCUGAAGAUUGGCGAGAUGCUCGCAUGGACGACGUUGUCCCUUCUUUCUUGUCAUACAGAGGAGACAACGACUUCAGUAAGGAUAUGUUAUCCUUUGCCAACGUUGCGGCAGAGAGUCUAAUGGUGUACGUUGGUCAAAACAACACCUGUACCCCCGCCCAUAUCGAUCAUUACGGCGCUAUAGGCCACAACAUCAUGGUCUCGUCCGAAGAAGAUUCUUCUUCCUUUUGGUUCAUCGUUGGUGCCAAGGACAUGACAAAGUUCGAGGAGCUACUGGAAAGUCACCAAUCAACAGCUCAAUUUGAAAACUGUUUGGCCCCAAUGGAUUUUCUCUGCAAAGCGGAGUUCCCGAUCUACGUCCUUGAUCAACGAGUUGGGGACCUGGCUAUCGUACCAUCGUUAUCUUAUCACCAAGUUGUGAAUCUGGGCAAGUCCUCAACCAAAAUGGCAUGGAAUCGACUCACCAUAAGCUGUCUCGACUUCGCCAUCAACAACAUUCUUCCGAGAUACAAGCAGAUCAACAAUCCAGAAGUAUACAGGAUCAAAUCUAUCAUCCACAGGUCUCUCAUAAACUGGACAAAAUUGUUG